AUGGACAGCUACGCGGAAACCAUGAUUCGAGACCAAAUAGGAGAGUUGAAGAAGCAGGAGAUGGAAGCCAACGGCAACGACCCCGCCACUCCGGACCUGGAGCUGCACAGCACGAGGACUGACGAUAGCGCUGCCCUGGGGUCCAUAGCUGGGUUUUAUGAUGUGGCCAUAGCUGGGUUUUAUGAUGGAGCGGUGAUCCUAGUGACCGGAGGCACAGGGUUCGUGGGCAAGGCUCUGCUGGAGAAGCUGCUCCGGAGCUGCCCCGGCAUCGACACCAUCUACAUCCUGAUGCGGCCCAAGAGAGGGCUGACUGUCGAGCAGAGGUAUAAAGAGCUGCUGAAGAAUCAGAUCUUCGACCGCGUGCGCGCGCGCUGGCCGGAGCGGCUGGCCAAGCUGGCGGCGGUGGCGGGUGAUGUCUCCGCGCCCGGGCUGGGGGUCGGCGCCGCUGAGUUGGAGCAGCUAACGACGGUGACCGUGGUGUUCCAUUCAGCAGCCACGGUGCGCUUCACGGAGCCGCUCCACGCAGCCACCACCCUCAACGUGCAGGGGACCAAUAGUUUGUUGAAGCUGGCUGGGUCUAUGCCCAAGUUGAAGGCGCUAGUCCACGUCUCCACGGCCUACAGCAACGCUCCUCUCAAGUACAUCGAAGAGCGGGUAUAUCCUCCCCCUCACGACCCGCUCUCGCUCAUCAGCUGCGCCAGCAUGCUGACAGCUGAUAGCGGGAACAUCAUCGCCAAUGAACUGCAGGGCAAGCACCCCAACACCUACACGCUGACGAAGGCUCUAGCGGAGAGCAUCGUGCACAGCCACGAGGAGCUGCCCGUGUGUAUCGUCAGACCUUCUAUAGUGACAGCCGCCCUGCACGAGCCCUUCCCGGGAUGGAUCGACAACGUCUACGGAGUCACUGGCAUAGUGAUGGAGAUAUCUCGCGGCACGUACCGCUCGGGCUACUGUCGGCAGCGGCACGUGGUGGACCUGGUGCCCGUGGACCUGGUGGUCAACAGCUGCCUGCUGGCGGCGUGGCGGCAGGGGGCGCUGCAGCCGGGUCACUGUCCCGUGUACAACGUGACGUCAGGGUCUGUCAACCCGCUGCAGUGGGGCGAGUUCACCAAGUUGUGCAUCAAAUGGGCCAGAGAGAACCCCACCAAAUACGUGAUGUGGUACCCGAACUUCGCGUUCACGGAGUCUCGGCUCGUGAACACGUUCUGGGAGGUGACGUGCCACUUCCUGCCCGCGUUCCUGUACGAUGUGGUGCUGAGGGCGCAGGGGAGGAAGGCUAUAAUGAUGAAAAUAGCCCGCCGCUUCAAAAUGGCGGCCGCCACCGGAGAAUAUUUCGCCAACAACGAGUGGCAGUUCGCAGUCUCCGAACUAAAAGCCCUCCACGACAGCGCGAGCGGCGCUAGCGACGGCAGCGCUUUCAAUGUGUGGCCUGCAGCGUUCAGCUGGGACUCGUAUAUCGGGGCCUACAUGAUGGGGAUCAGACGGUUUAUCUUGAAGGACAGCGCUGAAUCGCUGCCGGCGGCUAGGACUAAGUUAAGGAGAUUAUACUGGGUGCACAAGCUAAUCCAAGCUGCUACUGGCUACUACAUCUUCAGACUGGUUUCUGGAAGACUUCGGUAGAAAUAGCAAUUUGCAGAACUACUUUAAGCUAAUGUAAUUAAUAUUAAAUCACACCAUCGUGC